AAUCGAAGAUUCAUUUUAAUAGAGAUGAUGGUCUGUUUGUUUUGUUAAUUGUUCAUUGAUUGUGACUGUGACAUUGUGGUUUAUCUUUUCUGAUGCAGAACUGGUUUGACGAAGACUCUUUGUGGCAAAUUGUCUUUGUCCACGUUUGAGAGUGAAUAAACCAACAUGAACUAAAUCUGACGGUCUUUGGGUAUAUACUAUAUUUUUUAUCAUCAAUUUGUAUUUGAUAAUUUCAGAAAGUGCAGUCAUGGUUAAGGAAGGAAUCUGAGCUACAUGCUCAACUGAAUCAGAUUCAGGAAAUUUUUGAGGGGACCUAAUGAGCAAGCAGCAGUGCGUCAGAAAGUUAAAGCUGAACUCUUGAUCUGCUGAGAAAUUCAGAAAGGAAGUGAAUGAGAAACCAAGACAGGCAUUGGCAGCUUAGCAUUGUGUUGGGGAAAGUUAUUAAAAUAGGUGGGAAUUAGAGCUGUUUACAAAAACAAAAACUCUUGAAAGGAAGAGGUUACGGUUAAAAGGCUCAUGCCUUGGACAUCUCAGUUGUUCUCUCUACCACUCCAAGUGUGUAUUUUAAAUGAAGAAACUCAUAGCUCGAAUAGCAUGCUGUGUCAAUAAAAUAUGACCUUGAAAAGCUCCCAAGACGAAAAGGUUAGAGCUUUGGUCUGUAAUAAAAUUGCAACACUCCUUUUCAGAACCUAUUGAAGGAAAAGAUGGAACUUGCAACUGAGUUGGAAAACUGUAAGAAGAAGAAGAAGAGAAAAACAACAAAGCAAUGGAACUUAAUUUUGGAUCUGCUGGUUAGUAGCUUUUGAAGCAAGGUAACCUAAGGAGAGGCUCUUAAUAUGUCAACAUGGUGGAGCCCUGAUUGAAAGUUGGUAGUUGGCCGCAAAAGAUACAGAUGGAACUAUUUAAAAAUGUGUGAAGACUGAGAUUAGAAAACAACCAAAAUACAUUUGUCAAUUCUGACUUUGCGAGACUGAGUGUGAACAGAUAGAACUUCGUUUGAUGGUUUGGUGAAUUAAUGGGGACCUUGGGACAGUGAAUUUGGUUUAACCAUAAGGAAAUAGAGAAGAAGAAAGAAGAAACCUAAGGGACCAAAGCAACUUGAAGAGAAAAUGGUGGAAUCUGUAGGACAGAGUUGAAGCAAAAACAGGAAACAUGAAACUUAAAAGAAAGCUUGGCAGACAAAGAAGUCGAGCUAAAGAAGGUUGCUUUUGAAAAAGAAAGCUCAGAGCAAUGGCAGGUUUUGCUCUCGAUGAGCUUGGCAAAGGUAAAUGAAAGCUUGAUUGAUAAACUGCAGUCAUAAGAAGGAGACAACCUAUGUCAAGAACAUUAAAGAAUUGUGAUCGAAAAAUGAGUUUGUUUGCACAGAGGAGAAACCAACCUGUGGAACAUUGUUCAAGAAACUGAGAAGCUCAGAGAUAAGGAGCUGGCUGUAUUGUACUAAAGAGUGGUUAGUACCAAAUUGCAAAGCAAUAAUCAAGAUAAGAUUAGCUGAGAAAGAAGCCAAAAAGGUCAAUGGAGUCUUGUUAUCAGAUGAAGGUUGAGGAGCUAGCACUAUAACUUAAUUCCCCUACCGAGAAAAAUCUAAAGACACAAACUUUUUUUUUGGGUGAGAGAUGGAUUACAAUCCAAAUAUACCACCUUUAGGAGGUGGUGGGAGUUUGAGAAGAAGUAUAAGCAGGAGUGUAAGCAGAGCAAGUAGAAACCUUGAAGAUAUCUUCUCAGCUGGUUCAAGAAGAACUCAAUCAGUUAAUGACGACGAAGAAGCUCUUAAAUGGGCAGCCAUUGAGAAACUACCAACUUACAGCCGUCUCCGAACAACUCUCAUGAACGCAGUUGUCGAAGAUGAUGUCUACGGUAAUCAGCUUAUGAGCAAAGAGGUUGACGUGACCAAGCUUGAUGGUGAAGAUCGUCAGAAGUUUAUUGACAUGGUUUUCAAAGUAGCUGAACAAGAUAAUGAAAGGAUCUUGACGAAGCUAAGAAACAGAAUCGAUAGAGUUGGGAUCAAGCUUCCUACGGUUGAGGUCAGGUACGAGCAUUUGACGAUCAAAGCUGAUUGUUACACUGGUAAUAGAUCUCUUCCUACGCUUCUUAAUGUGGUGAGGAACAUGGGAGAAUCAGCUCUAGGCAUGAUUGGUAUUCAGUUUGCUAAGAAAGCUCAGCUUACCAUCCUUAAAGAUAUCUCUGGUGUCCUUAAACCUGGAAAGAUGACACUUUUGUUGGGUCCUCCUUCUUCUGGUAAGACCACUCUUCUCUUGGCUUUAGCCGGUAAACUCGAUAAAGAACUUCAAGUUAGUGGUGAUAUAACUUACAACGGUCACCGUCUCGAUGAGUUUGUUCCAAGAAAGACCUCUGCUUAUAUUAGCCAGAACGAUCUUCAUGUUGGUAUCAUGACUGUUAAGGAGACUCUUGAUUUCUCUGCUAGGUGCCAAGGUGUUGGUACUCGUUAUGAUCUGUUGAACGAGCUUGCAAGAAGAGAAAAGGAUGCUGGGAUAUUCCCUGAAGCUGAUGUUGAUCUCUUCAUGAAAGCUUCAGCUGCUCAAGGAGUUAAGAGCAGUCUCGUCACUGAUUAUACUCUCAAGAUUUUGGGGCUUGACAUUUGCAAAGACACCAUAGUUGGAGAUGACAUGAUGAGAGGUAUCUCUGGAGGUCAGAAGAAACGUGUCACAACUGGUGAGAUGAUUGUUGGUCCUACGAAGACACUCUUCAUGGACGAAAUAUCCACUGGUCUUGACAGUUCCACCACAUUCCAAAUCGUCAAGUGUCUGCAACAGAUCGUUCAUCUCACAGACGCUACGGUGCUCAUGUCACUCCUCCAGCCUGCUCCUGAGACCUUUGAUUUAUUCGACGAUAUCAUCUUGUUGUCGGAAGGUCAGAUCGUGUACCAAGGACCAAGAGACAACAUUCUUGAGUUCUUUGAGAGCUUUGGGUUCAAGUGUCCUGAGAGGAAAGGAACAGCUGAUUUCUUGCAAGAGGUUACUUCCAAGAAAGAUCAAGAACAGUACUGGGUGGACCCGAACAGACCUUACCGCUACAUUCCGGUUUCAGAGUUUGCCAGCAGAUACAAGAGUUUCCACGUUGGAACACAUAUUUCUAACCAACUUGCAGUACCAUUCGAUAAGACUCGCGGCCACAAAGCAGCUCUUGUGUUCGAUAAGUACUCUGUCUCAAAGAGGGAGCUUCUCAAGAGUUGUUGGGAUAAAGAGUGGCUUCUUAUGCAGAGAAACUCAUUCUUUUACAUUUUCAAGACUGUUCAGAUCAUCAUCAUCGCUGCAAUCACGUCUACACUCUUCCUCAGAACUGAAAUGGAUACAAAGAACGAGGCUGAUGCUAACAUCUACAUAGGAGCACUGCUGUUUGGGAUGAUCAUCAACAUGUUUAAUGGGUUUGCAGAGAUGGCUAUGAUGGUUUCGAGACUUCCGGUGUUCUACAAACAGAGAGAUCUCCUGUUUUAUCCAUCCUGGACCUUCACACUUCCCACUUUCUUGCUCGGGAUUCCAACCUCAAUCUUCGAAUCAACGGCAUGGAUGGUGGUGACUUAUUACUCCAUCGGUUUUGCACCUGAUGCGAGCCGCUUCUUCAAGCAGUUUCUCCUGGUGUUUCUGAUUCAACAAAUGGCUGCAUCCCUCUUUAGGUUGAUUGCUUCUAUUUGCAGAACCAUGAUGAUUGCUAAUACUGGUGGUGCUCUUACUCUACUUCUCGUGUUCUUGCUUGGAGGCUUCCUUAUUCCGAAAGGCGAGAUUCCUGACUGGUGGGGCUGGGCUUACUGGAUAUCUCCUCUUACCUAUGCUUUCAACGGUUUAACCGUCAACGAAAUGUUUGACUCUAGAUGGAUGGACAAAUUGGCUUCUGACAACAGAACAAGGCUUGGAACCAUGGUGCUUAAGAAUUGGGAUGUCUACAAUCAAAAGAACUGGUACUGGAUUUCAGUUGGAGCCCUGCUUGGUUUCACAGUCCUCUUCAACAUUCUUUUCACCAUUGCACUUACUGUUCUCAACCCUCUUGGGAAGAAGGCAGCUUUACUUCCAGAGGAAGAAAAUGAAGACGCGGAUCAGAGGAAAGAUCCAAUGCGCAGAUCUUUGUCUACUGCAGAUGGGAACAGAAGAGGAGAGGUCGCAAUGGGGAGAGUGAGUAGGGACUCUGCGGCUGAAGCAUCCAGGGGUGCAGGCAAUACGAAAGGAAUGGUUCUUCCUUUCACGCCUUUGGCUAUGUCCUUUGACGAUGUCAGAUACUUUGUCGACAUGCCUGCGGAAAUGAGGGACCAAGGAGUAACAGAAACAAGACUGCAACUGCUUAAAGGUGUUACUGGUGCAUUUAGACCAGGAGUCCUGACUGCGCUUAUGGGAGUGAGUGGUGCUGGUAAGACUACACUUAUGGACGUUUUGGCCGGAAGGAAAACUGGCGGAUACAUCGAAGGAGAUGUGAGAAUAUCAGGAUUCCCAAAGGUUCAAGAGACAUUUGCUAGAAUCUCAGGAUACUGUGAGCAGACUGAUAUCCAUUCCCCGCAAGUCACGGUCAGAGAAUCUUUGAUUUUCUCUGCUUUCCUUCGUCUUCCUAAAGAAGUUGGCAAAGAGGAAAAGAUGAUGUUUGUGGAUCAAGUGAUAGAAUUGGUAGAGCUGGACAGUCUUAGGGAUGCCAUUGUUGGUUUACCGGGUGUCACAGGGCUUUCCACGGAGCAGAGAAAGAGACUGACAAUUGCAGUGGAGCUCGUAGCCAACCCUUCCAUCAUCUUCAUGGAUGAGCCAACUUCUGGACUAGACGCUAGAGCAGCAGCUAUUGUGAUGAGGGCGGUGAGGAACACAGUGGACACUGGAAGAACCGUGGUCUGCACCAUCCAUCAGCCUAGCAUUGAUAUCUUUGAAGCGUUUGAUGAGUUGAUGCUGAUGAAGAGAGGAGGACAAGUGAUCUACGCUGGUCCAUUGGGUCGUAACUCCCACAAGGUUGUGGAAUACUUCGAAUCCUUUCCCGGAGUUCCCAAGAUUCCAGAAAAGUAUAACCCAGCCACUUGGAUGCUUGAAGCCAGCUCACUCGCAGCUGAGCUAAAGCUUAAUGUUGACUUUGCUGAGUUAUACAAGAACUCCGCUUUACACCAGAGAAACAAAGCGUUGGUGAAAGAACUCAGUGUACCACCAACAGGAGCAGUAGAUCUCUACUUUGCUACACAAUUCUCACAAAACACAUGGGGACAGUUCAAAUCAUGCCUAUGGAAACAAUGGUGGACGUAUUGGAGAUCUCCAGACUACAAUCUUGUCCGGUUCAUCUUCACAUUAGCAACAUCUCUCUUGAUUGGUACCAUCUUCUGGCAAAUCGGAGGUAACAGAGAUACCGCAGGAGACUUAUCAAUGGUUAUAGGAGCACUGUAUGGCGCGGUUAUUUUCGUGGGAAUCAACAAUUGUUCGACUGUACAACCUAUGGUUGCAGUAGAGAGAACUGUCUUCUACAGAGAAAGAGCAGCAGGAAUGUACUCAGCCAUGCCAUACGCCAUCUCUCAAGUCACAUGUGAGCUUCCUUAUGUCCUAGUUCAGACCGUUUACUACUCAGUCAUCGUCUACGCCAUGGUUGGUUUCGAAUGGAAAGUCGCAAAGUUCUUCUGGUUCCUCUUCGUUAGCUACUUCUCAUUCCUCUACUGGACUUACUACGGCAUGAUGACAGUUUCCCUCACACCAAACCAACAAGUGGCUUCCAUUUUCGCCUCAGCGUUUUACGGCAUUUUCAACCUCUUCUCUGGCUUCUUCAUUCCAAGACCCAAAAUCCCAAAAUGGUGGGUAUGGUACUACUGGAUCUGCCCUGUCGCAUGGACAGUCUACGGGUUGAUCGUGUCGCAGUACGGUGACGUUGAGACACCUAUCCAAGUUCUUGGAGGUGCUCCUGGCCUUACCGUAAAGCAAUACAUUGAUGACCAUUAUGGUUUCCAAUCUGACUUUAUGGGACCAGUAGCUGCCGUCCUCGUUGCUUUCACAGUCUUCUUCGCCUUCAUCUUCGCAUUCUGCAUCAGAACUCUCAACUUCCAGACCAGAUAAAACCAUCUCAAGAGUCUCUUUAUUCUACUACACAUAAAUCUCUGUUCUAAAAUAUGUAUUGUAGUGGAUUUCUUUUUUAUAACUAUUUUUAUUAUUUGUAGAUGACGACGAAUCAAAUCAGAUGUAAAAUAAUUCCCACUUAUUUUGUAUUGUUUUGAUAUAAAUAUACUUCAUUUUUUGUUUC